AUGGCUGCGACGAAAAAAUUUCAAAAGAUUCUAAUCGAUUUCAAUGAGGAUCAGCUGAAAUUCAAGGAAAAAUGUAGGCAGAAAAUAACAUCUUUCCUAAGCAUCUCCGGUCGUCAAUUACCAGAUGAUGAUAUCGAUAAUGCAAUAGAAAGUGGACAAUUAUUUGAUUACACUAAAGGGCUUAUAUUGGCUCAGCGUGAUAAAAAAGCGCUCUAUGAUGAAGUUAAAAUGCGUCAUGAUGAUAUACUCAAACUCGAAUUUAGCAUUCGUGAUCUGAAUGAUUUGUUUCUUGAUAUUUCUGGUGAAAUGCUCAAUCAUAUUGAAUCUAAUGUAGAAUCUGCUCUCGAUUAUGCUAAUAAAGCACAUGGAAAAGUAAAAGAAGUGAGGAAAAUAAGAGAAGGUUUGCGAAAGAAAAAAAUUAUCUUAUUUAUAAUAAUUAUUAUAUUAAUAGUUAUACUAUUUAUAAUCGGUUCGACGGUUUUCUGCUUUUAUCUUCCAUUUUUUUGCAAGAGGAAAUGA